AUGAAUAUUACUCUGUUUCAUUGGGGACUCCAUGCAUGGGUCGUCUACGUUCUGGUUGGUCUGCUAUUGGCCUAUGUUGGUCAUCGACAUGGUAGACCAAUGACAAUACGCUCUUGCUUUUAUCCUCUUAUUGGCGAUAGAGUGUAUGGCCUAGCCGGUGAUCUAAUAGAUACCCUGUCGGUUGUUGGCACAAUGUUUGGUGUCUGCACAUCUCUCGGACUGGGUGUAAUCACUUUGAACAGCGGACUUCAUCGUCUUAGUAGCAGUAUCGAUGAUGACGACCAGACUACGAGAAUUAUCAUCAUUUGGGUUAUCACUGCCAUGGCAACCAUAUCCGUUGUGUCUGGUUUGAAAGUCGGUAUUCGUCGUCUCAGCGAAAUAUGUUUCGGACUCGGGAUGUUUCUCAUGCUUUUUGUGUUUUUCCGCGGAAACACCUGGUAUUUCUUGAAUGUUUAUGUGCAAGGUGUUGGCUACUACUUUCAGUAUGCUAUAGAACUUAGUUUUCAUACUGAGGCAUAUGCACAGGAAGGGAAUGCUCCGGAUGGUAAAGAGAACCCAAACUGGAUGGAAGAUUGGACGAUAUUUUACUGGGGAUGGUGGAUAUCUUGGUCACCGUAUGUUGGUAUGUUUAUUGCGAAGAUUUCCCGAGGUAGAACAAUCAGGAACUACUUGAUGUGCACCAUGACUGCACCAAUCCUUUACACUUUUCUGUGGUUCAGCAUCUUUGGCGGCGCUGGUUUAACCAUGGAAAGAGAAGCCGCACUGGCAGGAAUAAACUGUUCGUCAGAGCUUGGGGGGAAAUAUGCCAAGGAGUCAUAUCAGGGUAUGUUCCGAUUAUCUUGUCGCACCGAGGCACAGAUGUUUUUUGACCUAAUGCAAAGCUAUAAUGAGAACCUAACUCCGUUCCUGUACGUGAUAUCUCUCGUAAGUAUUGCACUGUAUUUUGUAACAAGUUCCGACAGUGGUUCCUUGGUUAUUGACUGCCUUUCAGCCAACGGAAGUCACGAUCCACCUGUCAUACAACGUGUUUUCUGGGCUGUAACAGAAGGAGCCUGUGCUACAGGUCUACUCGUUGCAGGAGGUACUGACGCUCUAACUGCUCUUCAAACUGUUUCAGUGGCUGCUGGGUUGCCUUACACUGUCAUCGUUUGCUUCAUGUGCGUUGCUCUUUGGAAAGCGAUCACAUCCGAAGGCAACCCUGACAGAAAAAGUUCUGGAUUCCUGACCAGUUUAUUCCACGUGUUUACCUUCCCUCUUUCUUUACAAAAAUUGCUCGAUUUGGUCAUUGCUGUAACAAUCCCAUGGCUUCCAGCAGGACGCGCAUCUGCAAAGGUUGGUGGUCGAAAAAUGUACGUCCCCAUGGUGACAAUGGCGGUGCUUUUCAACACUUUUAUAAUACUACUCAUCCUGCAAAAGGUGGAGACCGAUAUAGCGUACAUUGGUUGGGUCGUAUUGAUGGGAUAUUUUGCUUACGUCACAGGAAUACGUGCAGAGGUCAGGAAAGCUUUCGAAAUCGAUGGAAAUAUGUUUCAAGAUUUUCUCGUUGUUAUGUUCCUGCAUCCUUUUGCCGUAGAUCAGCUGGACAGGCAGAUGUUGUAUGAGCGCACCAUGAAUGACGCAAACGAUGGAGCAGAAAUGCAAGAUUUCGAAAGAAAUGCGACGGACAUAGAAGAAAAAGAAACAUUUAUAAAAAGGUCUUAA